AUGUCUACUAAUUCAUUUUACUCUACCUCAGCCUUCAUGACUGCAAGUUCUUAAGAAAUAAUCCCAAUUUUACUUGGAAUAUAUAUUGUUCUAACAAAUAUUGCUUGCUUUAUUUUCUUAGGCUUAGAUAAGGUCUACUCAAUCAAAAACAAAAAAAGGAUUUAGGAAAAAACUCUAUUAGCAUUGAUCAAUUACGGAGGAUACUGUGGAGGAUAUAUUGGCAUGACUCUAUUUAACCAUAAAAAAAACAAAAAGACAUUUUAGUAUUAUGCAACAAGCUUAAAAAGCCUAAUUUUUAACAUAACUUUGAUAAUACUAUACUAUGUUUCAAUAAAUUUCCAUAAGCUGGAGGGUCUAUUCUGA